AUGGAAGAAUCACCAGCAACAGCAGAACCUCUAAUUUAAUGUAAGAUGUUUUUCAUAGCAGUAGUAACAAUAGGUUAAUAUUAAGAAUCAGAGAACAAAUCUAUAUACAAUUUUAUGGAUAUAACUCAAGUUCAGAGUGGCAAUGAUCUCAUAGAAGCAGCAAAAAAAAAUAAAAUGCCAAUAUUAAAUGCUUCCGUAGAUACUGUACCAAACAUCUAUGAUAUUGAAGAUGCUGAUAAACGAACUGUCUUACAUUACUUAGCAUUAAACUCUAAUACUUUUAUAUAUAAUAGGCUUUUAAUAAAAUUUUAGCCUCAAGCAUAAUAAUGGUUGUUAAAGGAAGAUAAAUAUGGUCUUUAAGCGAUUCAUUAUUUUGUUUACUCAGGUAAGAUUGAGAUGUUAGAUGAAAUAUCGAGAUAUUAUAAGCCUAAAAAUUUAUUAGGAAUGGCUUCAUAUAAAAAUGAUGUUGUGGCUAUGAUUUAGAUCAGGGAGAAGAUGGAAGAUGAAAAGGUCUACAGUAAAUAUCAAGAUUCUGUAACACCUUUACAUUUAGCCUGCUAUACUAAAAGUGAUUAUGCUGCAAUAGUUUUAAUGCGAUGGAAACACCCUUUGAAUAUAUAAGAUGCAAAUGGCAAUACCCCUUUGCAUAUUGCUGCUAAGAAUAACAAUUAUAAAUUAAUAAGAAAAUUAAUUUAGAGAGGAGGGAGCAUUAAGUUUAAGAACAAUAAUAAUUAGUUACCAAUAGAAUUGACAUCAGAUCCCUAAACUCUUGAUGCUUUGAAAUCUUUUCGAUUUUCUUGGAAAUCUCUAUUACUUCAAUUAAAUUUGAAACCAAGUAUAAAUUAUUAUAUUUAGGAAAAAGAUCGGCUAUGUAGGCUUUAAUAUUUUUAGUAUUUUUUUCAAUCACAAACUUUGGGACUGUUUUCUUGGUUUAAAUUGCAAAAACCAAUGACAAAAGCAAUGGAAGUUUUAUAUUAUUCAUCGUAAUUGUAACAUUGUUUUCUAUUUGUUUUUUUUUGGUAUCAUACUCAAAUCCAGGUUAUGCUAAAAUAAAUAAUGAGUAUAAUUUGAUCAUAAAAUUAGAUAAAAUUUGAAGGAAAUAUUACAUAAAUUGGAAGCUUAUGAAAUUUGUUAUGAUUGCUUUAUUUAAAUUCCUAAUAGUUCGAAGCACUGUGAAUUUUGUAAAAGAUGUGUUCUUAGAUAUGAUCAUCAUUGUCCUUGGAUUAAUAAUUGCGUAUAUAUAGUUAUUUAACUUCAGGUUGGAAAUGACAAUUAAUCCCUAUUUUGGUUGUUUCUUUUAUUUUUAUUUCUUGAUUUUCUUCUUCUUAUAAUACUUGGAAUUUUGGAACUGGCAGAUCAAAACGCCACUCUGAGCUCCAAUAGCUUUACGAUUUUAAUUAUUCUCACUGUAAUAGAAUGUUUGUUCAUGAUUCCAUUAUUAAAUUUGAUUCUUACAUAGAUAAGAAAUUAUUAUACUGGUUUGACUACAUAUGAAAGAUUGAUAUUAGGAAAACCUCCAAACAAAAAGAGAGAGUCCAUAAUUUAAAAAAUGUCUUUUGUUUAAUAGGCAUGA